AGUUGGAGUGGGUAUGUUUGAGUUUGGCGCGGCGCUCGGGCAGCAGCAGGAGCAGCAGCAAAAGCAGCAUCUGUUCACUCAGUCAGAGGCAUUUAUGCGAUGAAUAUUAUCCACCACGAGGAUUACCCAAUAACAAUAAACAGCCAGUGUUUCAUUCUCAAUGAGUAUGUGAACGAGUGCCCGGAUAGAAUAGGAAGACACAAGUCUUGUUGUGAUAUACAUCGGUUGACAAACAUUUCUAUUUGUUGUGGUCCAAAACCCAGUUGCGGCAGGUGUCAUAACGCGAGUGAGGAUACGAACAAGUACAGAGGAUUUGGACGACCACAAUCGAAGGAAACGACAAGAAGUGUUUAGAUAAGUGCGCAACAACUAUUCAGAAAGGAACUAAACUGAUCGAAAGGAAACUAGAGGAGAGAAAAAAAAAAGGAGAGGCACCAACAGUAUAAACUCGUUUAAAUCUUUAAUAAUUUAAUAACUAACCAGCUUUAAAGUGCGCUGUUUUGUGAUUUAGUUUUAUCAAACGUGAUAUUAUGUAUAAUUUAAAUAUAAACAUGGCCACAUCGGCGGGGAACCCAGUGAACAACCUCCUGGCAGUAGAGAACAAUUGCACUACGCCACGGACUCCGGAGAUAUUGAACUCCCUGAUAGCCAUGACCACCAAUCCUUUGGAUAACUACAACUUCGGCGACGUGGCGCCCAAGAAGUUUCAUCCGAACAACAUGUCCAGCGAUUCCAACAGCUCCAGCUGUAGUCAGGAAUCCAGGACCCCCACAAAUGUCUUCUCUAGUGUCCAACAGACCUGCUCCCAGCUCAUCAAAGCCGGACUCAAACUCUCGAUCGAGCAGAAACGAAAACUUCAAAGCGACAGCGAAGACCUGCUUGACCUCGACAAAGUCAAGCGCAUCAAGAAAAACGAAAGCGAAUCAGAAGAGGACAAAUACCAAAAUCCCAAUGGGUUGACCGCCGAGGAUGAGGAAAGGCGGAGGAGACGUCGAGAAAGGAACAAAAUUGCGGCCACCAAAUGCCGCAUGAAGAAACGAGAAAGAACUGCGAAUUUGGUGACCGAAUCUGAAACGCUCGAGUCACAAAACAUCGAGCUGAAAUCACAAAUUCAAGAAUUGAAGAAAGAGAGCGCAAAGUUGGCUGAUAUGCUGAACUUGCACAAGACCAAUUGCCAGAAGAACAUCCGCCCGUCGCAGAACCGUCUUCUGGAUGCCAACCAUUCCUAUUCGCUCCCAUCCUCAACUGAUAACAAUUACAGGAUUCCUGCGACGACGGCCGACUCCUACAAUCGACCUUCGAGCAUCGGCAACUAUCACUUCUCGAAAAACACCAUACAAUACCCCAACAAGAUCAUUGUCGAAAGCGUGAAUGACGAUGCGACCUACCAAACGAAUUUAACGAAUUUGGACGAUCCCUCGGAUUCCUACGUUUAUGAUCAACAAUGCCAUAAUUACUCUUCGAGCCAGCAGGGUUACGGAAACCAUGGCAUCGACGGCUGCAUGGCCUAAAUGUAAUUUUCUUUGUUUUAAUAUUGUUACCAGAUCUGAUUCAGUAUAGUCACUAUCCAUACAACAAUCAUCACAAAAUUGUAUAUUUGCUAAUGAUUUGCAUUUUUUUUUAAACAAUUGCUUGGCAUUAGUUCUUAGUUUAAUUCAAAAAAUAUAUUCCUUAACCCUGGGAUACAAUAAUGUGGACAUUGAAAGGCCACUCUUAUAUAUUUAUACGAUUAUUAUUAGUUACAUGCGUUCUGGGGUUAACUUAGGUUUUAAAAUUUUGAAAUCACCA